AUGUCGGCGCCGGAGGAGGGCGACGCCGCCGCCGCCGCCGCCCCGGGAUCGUCGGCGCCGCCCGCGCCCGCGCCCGCGCCGCCGCCGAUGCCGGAGCCCGGCGCAAUGGGGCCCGAGGAGGCCGCCGCCAGGAAGCGCUACGAGGCGCUGAUGCAGGUGCGGGCCAAGGCGCUCAAGGGGAAGGGCGCCUGGUACUGGGGCCACCUCGAGCCCGUCCUCGUCCCGCCGCCGGCCUCCGGGGCGCCCCCCAAGGCCGCCCGCCUCCGAUGCGCGCUCUGCGCCGCCACCUUCUCCGCCUCCAACCCCUCACGCACCGCCACCGAGCACCUCAAGCGCGGCGCCUGCCCUAAUUUCGCGGCGGCGCAGGGCGCCCCGCCGCCGCCGCCGCCCCCGCCCCCGCCGCAGAAUCAGCAUCAGCAGUUGCAGCUCGUCGCCGUCUCCUCCCCCGCCUCCUCGAUCGUGCCCAUCUCCUCCAUCCCCCCGUCGUCCUCGUCCUCCUCGCAGCGCCGCCACUCCACCGGCGGCGGCGGCCGGAAGCGGCACGCGCUCGCCGCGGCGUACGCGUCCGUCGAGGCGGCCUCGCACCAGCACCACCUCAUGGUCGCCGACCCGGCCGGGUACUCCCCGACGCCGCCCACCCCGCCGGGGAUGCCCGCGCCCAGGCAGCUGCUCUCCGGCGGCCGGGGCGACCUCGCCCCGCUCGCCAUGCUGGAGGACAGCGUCAAGCGCCUCAAGUCGCCCUCGGCGUCGCCGGGCGCGAUGCUUCCGCGGCCGCAGGCCGAGGCCGCGCUCGCGCUGCUCGCCGACUGGUUCCUCGAGUCGUCCGGCAGCGCCUCCCUCUCCGCGGUCGAGCACCCCAAGCUGAAGAACUUCCUGCGCCAGGUCGGGCUCCCGGAGAUAUCGCGAGCCGACCUCGCCGGCGCGCGCCUGGACGCGCGCUUCGCCGAGGCCCGCGCCGACGCCGCCGCGCGCUUCCGCGAGGCGCGCUUCUUCCAGCUCGCGGCCGACGGCUUGCGGGAGCAGGUGAUCACCCUCUCCGUCAACCUCCCCAACGACACGUCGGUGUUCCACCGCGCCGUGCCCAUGCCCGCGCCGGCGUCGGCGUCCCCUGACUACGCCCAGGAGCUGCUGCUGGACGCGGCAUCGUCCGUCUCCGCCUCCUCCGGCGACAUUCGGCAUUGCGCCGGCAUCGUCGCCGACCGCUUCGGCUCCAAGACUCUGCGUGAUCUCGAGACCAAGCACCAUUGGAUGGUGAACCUUACCUGCCAAGUCCAUGGCCUCUCCCGCUUGGUAAGCGACAUGGCGCGCGAGCUCCCACUCUUCAACAACGCUGCGUCAAAUUGCGCCAAGAUCGCCAGCUACUUCAACACCACGCCCUCCGUGCGCGCGCUGCUGCACAAGCACCAAGUCCAGGAGCACGGGCACGCCUUCCUCCUCCCCAUUGCCGCUCCGCCGUAUAAUGGCGGGGAAUUUGCCGCCGCGUUCGUGAUGCUCGAGAGCAUCCUGACCUCGGCGCGGCCGCUCCAGCUCGCCGUGCUCGAGGAGUCCUACAAGGUGGUCUGCAUCGACGACCCUGCCGCGAGGGAGAUCGCGGCCAUGGUGCAGAAUGUGGCGUUCUGGACCGAGGUCGAGGCGACGCAUUCGGUCGUGAAGCUGAUCAUGGACUUGGUGAAGGAGAUGGAGACCGAGAGGCCCCUGGUGGGGCAAUGCCUGCCUCUCUGGGAGGACCUGCGCGGCAAGGUCAGAGGCUGGUGCCGGAAAUUCAGCAUAGAAGAGGCGACUGCCAUGAAUGUGGUGGAGAGGAGGUUCAGGAAGAACUACCACCCGGCGUGGUCAGCGGCAUUCAUACUGGACCCAUUGUAUCUGAUCAAGGACGCCGGCAGGAGGUACCUUCCACCGUUCAACUACUUGACACCAGAGCAGGAGAAGGACGUGGACAGGCUGAUCACAAGACUGGUGUCGCCGGAGGAGGCGCACCUCGCAGUGAUGGAGCUGAUGAAAUGGCGGUCCGAGGGGCUCGACCCAUUGUACGCGCAGGCGGUGCAAGUCCGGCAGCCAGACCCAUCGACGGGGAAGAUGAAGAUAGCCAACAAGCAGAGCAGCCGGCUUGUGUGGGAGACAUGCCUCAGCGAGUUCAAGUCGCUUGGCAAAGUGGCGGUCAGGCUCAUCUUCCUCCAUGCAACCGCCAAGGGGUUCAAAUGCACGCCGUCGAUGACGCGGUGGCUCACCGCGCCAGGCAGCUCAGCCGGCAGCAUUGGCCGGGCGCACCGGCUGGUGUUCAUCGCGGCGAACUCGAAGCUGGAGAGGAGGGAUUUCUCAAACGACGACGACAAGGACGUGGAGCUGCUGACGGAAGGAGACGACGACAUGCUAACAGAGACUGGCAAUGUGGAUCCCUCCUCCUCCUCAGUGUAG